AUAACUCCUCCUUACAGCUGUUUAAUAUCACAGGCCGUGCCUUUUUGUAAUGUAAUUACUCAUCAUUAUCAUUGAGUCAGCUAACGCUAUAAGCUAUUGUUAACGUGUACGUUGGUUUCAGGUAUUACGUUGUGGCAUGGUUUAUUAAUUUACUCGUGUGUGCGAGACAGGCUAUACAUAACAUCUGCGUAUUACGUUACGAUAUAAUAGUCUCCUGACGUCGAGGAAUUCGUUCGUAUGAUACUCACUUCGUUUUAUUCGUUCGUUAUUUCGUUCCUUUCAUACUUACUUCAUUCCAUUCAUAAGGCGAGUACUAGUUCGUUGAAGUUAUGUUGAGACAAUUCACACCGGAGAAAGUUAUUCGCAUGAUAAAACUGAGCGUAACGUUGUGUUGCUGUUGGCCACUUUCUGCCGCGAGUAGCAGAAUUCGCGUCUGCGGUUACAAAGUUUUGCAAAUUUCCACCGUUAUCAGCGCCUGCUUGGUGCUUCUGCCACUGUUAUAUUCGACUUAUUUGCACUCGGAUGAUAUCGUCAUUGUUUCGAAAUGUAUCUGCGUAUCGAUAGGUAUGAGCCAACUUAUUGUACAGACGCUUAUAUGCCUGAUCAAGCACGACUCCCUGCAACGUGUAGUCGGAGAAAUGGUGGCCUGUGUCAAACACGCUCAACAAUACGAGACACAGGUUUUCUACAAGUACAUUGCGAAGUGCGACAUGUUUUACGGUGGUGCCAUUGUAUUUACAUACCUGACUGCAACUGCUUUUCUAUUAGGACCCGUGAUCAUGCCGGUUUCCUUCCCGUUAGAUGCUGAAUAUCCAUUCCGCGUUAAUUACACACCGGUAAAUGUUCUCAUAUACUUUCACCAAUCGGUAGUUAGUUAUCAAUGCUCUGCAAACGUAUGCUUGUGCAUAUUUGGAGCGCUUCUAUUCUGGUUCACGGCAGCGAGAUUCGAAUGUCUGGCGAUCGAAUUUGAAAAAAGUUCAAACAUCGAUAUGCUGAUCGCUUGCGUGGAGAAACAAUUACGCUUGAGGAGAUAUGCGGAAGAGGUGGUCAGUUGCUUUCGUUUCGUGGUGCUUUAUACUGUAGCGGUGACAACAUUUGCAAUGAUUCUAUGCGGUGUUAUAAUGAUCAUGGAUACACCGCUAAUUGUAAAGAUGCAAUUUAUAACCAUAUGCGUCACUGUACUAACGGAAGUCUAUAUGUACGCGUGGCCAGUUGAUCAUAUGAAAGAAAUGAGUUUACACAUUUCAACAAGUGCGUACAACUUAUUAUGGUACGAGUAUACAGUAAAAAUGCAAAAAAAUUUACUGAAUGUAUUAUUGUACCAAGAACCGGUGACUUUUUCCAUCAGCUGUUUAGUGCCAGAGCUCUCUUUGCAGUAUUAUUGUUCGUAUCUCUCCAAUGCUUUCUCCAUUUUCACCGCUUUGCGUGUCUUGUUGGAAAAUGACAGUUCAACAUGAAUGUAUUCAUAUAAAACAAAAUCAUCAA